UAGUAACAUAAUAGUAACUACAUUUCCCACAGGGCGUCACGGUUUACUACGUCAUAAAUCUGCGCAGAGCUGAGGUGGCGUUUGAAAGGAGGUUGUUUUCCGGCUGCUCACCUGAAGUCCCCGCGGCAGCUCUCAUCAUGACAAAACUUCUGGAGUGGCUGCUUGGUGUGUCGGUGGUGGGCGCAGUCUGGGCUUUGGUCACUUUCGACCUGUUGGACCUGAGCCUGCCGCAGACUUACAGAGAGGUUGUCUGGCCGAUGCCUCUGUAUCUGCUAAUUUCAUUUGGCUGCUACUCCCUGGCCACGGUGGGAUACAGGGUGGCCACCUUCAAUGACUGUGAUGAGGCAGCGAAAGAGCUGCAGGAGCAGAUAAAAGAAGCCAAAGAGGACUUGAGGAAAAAGGGCUUAAAGAUGUAGGCUAGAACUAGAAGGACUAUGUAGAAACGUUUGAGAGACUGAAAGGGUUGCACGGACCACUUUCACACACAACCAAGUGUCCGCACUUCUGAUGUUGGAGUCACUCAAAAAAUGUGUGGCUUGUUUAGGAUAUGUGAAAGACAUGAUCUGAACAACAAUCAUAAAAACCCGUUAUCCAACAGUGUUAUUCAGUGUCACGUCUUUCAGAUUAGAUAUUGCUCAGAUUGCUCAGCACCAGUUUCUGUUCAAAUCAGUUUGUAGCAGGUGGAUUUUACAGAUAGGCCCACUUUAAACCAGAUAAAAAAAGCUAAAUGGAGCACACACAUGGUGCUGUCUUUGGUUGCAAACUACACACAGUUAAAUACCCCUCAGAAUCACUGGUAUGCUAAAUUGUCAUCUGUAACCAAUUGCUGAUCACUAAAAUGCCAACAAAUAAAACCCAAAGGUCAUACUGGAACAAUCUGACUAAAGACUGUUUCCACUGGGAAUUGCUUUCAAUCUGCAUCAGCUCCAAAAUAGUACCACACAGUGUGGACCUUGUUGUGCCUGUGUCAGGACAUUGUUUGCUUGUCAGUAUAGAUGGACAAAAGUUUAUCUGUAAAGAAUUGUACAUUCCAUUGUCCAAUUUCAGACUUGUGCCCUGCGGCUAUUGCUGGGACUUAAUUAAAUUGGAGUCUAUUUUCUUCA